UGGCCACCAGAUAUGUUGACAUAAUGAUCAUUGACAGACUACGGAGUAUCUGGGAGAUAAGGUUGCGGAAAACACCGGUCAAGAAGGAUUAACAGAUGGUUUUUACAAAGUGGGCUGGAAAUCAUACAUACUGCAUUCCCGUCUUAGCUCGGUCUCAAAGAUGCCUUGAAAUAUGCUGAGAUGUUUGGAGUGAAAGAGGAGCACCUUGAUUUACGAUGAAGGAUCGCCAACUGUCAGCGGACUCGUCUACAAGCCGAAUGGCGGGGAGGCUUCAGGACAUGUGUGAGUCCCUGCCCAGCCCCACCGAUCACUGGGAGCUGCUGGAAGCUAUAGGAGAGGGCACGUAUGGGGGCGUCUUCAAGGUGCGCAAUCUGGAGACUGGGGAGUAUGCUGCAGCAAAGAUCAUGGAUGCGGUGAGCGAUAUAGAGGAGGAGAUUGAGGCGGAGUAUCACAUCCUCAAGGACUGCUGCGAUCAUCGUAACCUGCCGCGCUUCUUUGGCGCAUACUACAAAUCCACGCCCGCUACCAAGCACAAUCAAAUCUGGCUGGUAAUCGAGCUUUGUGAGGCUGGUGCCGUGACGGAUCUCGUACGCGGCAUGCUGGAGAGCCACGAGAAACCAGACGAGGUCAUCAUCGCCUACAUCCUGCGAGAAACAUUGAAGGCCCUCCAUCACCUGCACAGUCAUCGGGUCAUGCAUCGCGAUGUCAAAGGUCAUAAUGUCUUGAUGACCUCAGACUCGCGCAUCAAAUUGAUUGACUUUGGUGUGUCUGCAGUAUUGAAAGGGCGUAGCAAGCGCAACACGUCCGUCGGUACCCCGUACUGGAUGGCGCCUGAGGUCAUUGCUUGUGGGCAACAACUGGAGUGCUACUAUGGCACUAAGAGUGAUAUCUGGUCUCUGGGCAUCACUGCGAUAGAACUGGCGGAUGGUGAGCCACCGCUCAAGAACCUGCAUCCAAUGAGAGCUCUCAUGAAGAUACCAAGGAACAAGCCACCAACCAUACAGCACCCUGCCAAAUGGUCUCCUGAGUACAAUGAUUUCAUUGCAAGGUGCCUGGUGAAAGACACCGAGCAGAGAGCCAGUACCACCGAGCUUCUAUCGCACCCCUUCCUGGCCAAAGUGCCCGCCGAUGUCUCAGUGGUACAGUCCCAACUGACUGGCCUGAUUGGGCUGUACACGGAGACUGACGGACUGACGCACGUGCCUGAGGUCACCACAAAGCAUGGCAAAUUGAACCCAGUGCGGACACGUGGCCUGCAUAAAUCCAGCAGGAGAACCCCGGACAUGGUCAAUGAUUUAGCUCAGCUAGAAAACCUCACACAGGAUUGUAUCGUUCAGCAUCUGUACGGCCGCUACAUGAAGGGUCAGAUCUACACCUACAUAGGAGACAUUCUAAUGGCUGUCAAUCCUUACACGCAGAUGGCUAUCUAUGAUAAUAGUUUUUCAGAGUUGUACAGGCAUGCCCCCAAACAGGCAAACCCGCCCCACAUCUUCGGCAUGGCAGACAGCACGUACCAGGCACUACUCUUUCACAAUCACAACCAGUGUCUGAUAGUGAGUGGGGAGAGUGGUGCUGGCAAGACAGAGAGCGCCAAUCUACUUGUACAGCAGCUGACCAAACUUGGAAAGGCCAUAAACCGAUCAUUGGAGCAGCGUGUUUUGCAGGUCAACCCCUUACUUGAGGCCUUCGGUAACGCCCAGACUGUCAUCAACGACAACUCCAGUCGCUUUGGCAAGUUUCUGGAGCUGAAGUUCACCAGCACGGGCCAGGUGAUGGGGGCUGUCAUCUCCCAGUAUCUGCUGGAGAAAUCCAGGGUCAUACAACAGGCAAAAGAGGAGCAGAACUUCCACAUCUUCUAUUACAUCUUAGCCGGUCUAGCUGAGAGCAACCAAAGUUGUAACUACCAUCUUCAGCUCAACAAAACAUACAGAUAUCUUCACUUGGGUGAUCCUUCCUCCACGGAUCCCGAUCGGCUCCCUGAGCUGCGGAAGAGGUUUGAGGAUAUCCACAACUGCCUUGAGACCAUAGGAUUUACCGACGUGGAGAUUGGUUCAGUCUACAGCAUCCUUGCCGGCAUCAUUCAUCUUGGCGAGAUCGGCUUUGAGGAGGCUGAACAGUCUCACAGCGUCAACAAGAGCGUCAUCACUAACUCAGCCGAAGUCCAGAAGAGUAGUGAACUGCUAGGCAUUGAGCAGGACGACUUGUCAGAAGCCAUCACCACAAGCAGCGUGGUCGCUUGCGAUGAGACCAUCGUCUGUCAGAACACCAAGGACCAGGCUGAGGAUAUCAGGGAUGCCUUGUCCAAGGCCCUGUAUGGACGCCUCUUCAAUUGGAUCGUGAACAAGAUCAACACGCUGCUCAAGCCCAUCGAACAGCCAGGGGAGAACGGCCAGCGAGCCAUAUCCAUUCUGGACAUCUUCGGCUUUGAGAACUUUACGGCCAAUUCCUUUGAGCAACUUUGCAUUAACAUCGCCAAUGAGCAGAUCCAGUUCUAUUUCAACCAGCACAUAUUCGCAAUGGAGCAGGAGGAGUAUAGCACGGAGGGGAUAGACGUCGCGCUGAUCAGUUACCAAGACAACCAGCCGUUGUUGGACCUCUUCCUGCAAAGGCCUCUGGGUAUGCUGCAUCUACUGGACGAGGAGAGCUGGUUCCCCCAGGCUACCGACCAAACUCUCGUAGAAAAGUUCAACCAGAACAUCAACGGAGCUUACUACUGGCGGUCACCUCAUGCUGGGGGCUUGGACUUCGGUAUCCAGCACUAUGCUGGCAAGGUGAUGUACUGUGCCGAUGGUUUCCUUGCCAAGAAUCGUGACACCCUGGUCAUGGACAUUGUCUACCUCCUACGCUCCUCCAAGAUGCCACUGACUAGACUUCUCUUUGAGCAGCAACUCAACAAGACAGGAAACCUGGCGUCCACGCUAGGCCCGGUCCAACGCAAGGCACUCCAGAUGAAGGAAAAGCAACUGAUUCGGGCCAAGUCGUACGCACAGAUCAUCAGGGAGGAUAUAACAUUUGCAGGUCCUGUCAUGGAGCAAAUUGAUGAUUCUACGCCCAAGGUAAUAGCAACUGUGCAGAAUUCUUAUAGCUUGAGCACGGCCACAAGUGGGAAUAUGGCCAAGAAUAGGCAGACAGUGGCGUCGUAUUUCAGAUAUUCCCUGAGAGAGCUCCUGUUCAAGAUGGUCACCAGCCAGCCCCACUUUGUCCGCUGCAUCAAGCCCAACAACGACCGGGUACCGGGCCAGUUUGACGAGGAGAAGGUCCUGACGCAGCUGCGCUACACCGGCGUCCUGGAGACCACCCGCAUCCGACGGCAGGGCUUCUCCCACCGGAUACUCUUCCAGGAGUUCGUGGCCAGGUACAAGCAGCUGGCGUUUGAGUUGACCAAUCAGGUGGAGAGGACGGCGGAGAACUGUGAGGUCAUACUGAAGGCUUGCGGCCUGACGGACUGGGUCUUGGGAAACACCAAGGUGUUUCUGAAGUAUCACCACAUAGAAGACUUGGAUUGUCAGUUGGAGAAGCAUCACAAGCUGGCCAAUCGGGUCCAAGCUUACGUCAAGGGCUGGCUGGCCAGGGUACGCUACAAGAAACUACUGGGCAAGAGGCAGUCAAGCGCCAUCGUUGUGCAGAAAUGGAUUCGAGGCUGGGUGACCAGGCAGAAAUAUGAAAGGGUCAAAUUGAAGAGGUUGGCUGCAGCCGUCGCCAUUCAGAAAAAUUUGCGGAGGCACUUACAAAAGAAAAAAGAACUAGAGGAGCUAGCGGAAAGACAGCAACAGUCGGCCGUCAAACUCCAAGCCUGCUACCGAGGCUUUCAGACAAGGACUAGGCUGAAGGAAGAGCAGAGGUUGACUAAGAUGGUGGUGGGUCUACAAGCAGAUGCACUUAACCCGAGCCUGCAAGAGGCUUCAAGCGACAAACUGACCUUGAAUGCCGAGAUUGAUACAACCUCCUUAAGAGGCCCGGCGGAAGAGGCUAUUCUCCCAGACAGCCCCGAGGGUGGCUCGGACAAGGGCGGCCCAACGCCAUCCCCGAGCCGCGAAAUGGGCGAGCAUCCCGAAGCCAUUUAUCAGACCGUCGCCAAGAAGAGCUUAAGAGGGAAGACUUCCGAGGAAUUAAAAGCGUCCGGCGAGGGGACAGAGGGCGAGGGGACGGAAGGAGAGAGGGACUCUAGCAACGGCAAAGAUGCGGUGGAGCCUCAAGGGAAUCAUCCAGAGGAAGCCACGGAGGUCUCUGAAGAGGAAGGCUUGGCCUCAGAUGUAGAGAAUGUCAAUUCAGAGCAAACGGCAUCUUCGGCGCCGUCAGAAGAGCAGAGCGCGAUCGCCAUCCAGUCAGUUGCCAGAGGUUUCCUGGCUAGACGCCAGGUCCGACGGGCCGUGGAGCAGCGACAGUGGAACGCCGCCCUGCUGCUCCAACGAUGGCUGAGAAUGUGGAAGAAACGCUCUCUCUAUCGACAGCUGCAAGCCUUCACCUCACAGCAGGAAACCUGGAUGAUUUACUUUUUCUUGCAGGUGGACCACUAUGGGACUGAGUUCCACCAAUCAGCCGAGAGGACCAACAACCCAGUGUCCACCGGCGCCAUCCAGAUCCAGAAAGUCCUCCACAGCGGCAAGACGGCGCUGUCCGAACGCCGGCUGAAACACCUGCAGAGGUCACGCGAGGUCAAGACGCCCUUCUCACCAGAGGACGUGUCGUACUACGACAGCUUUGGAGACGGCGGCACAUCGGAUAAGGUCUACAGACGGAGCGGACCACAGACUGGUGAGUUGAAGGAGGCAGGCCCGUCCAGCGACAGCGAUUACUACAACCGAAUAGCCAAGGAAGUGAACCAACCACCCCCUAUCAGUGAAUCGUCUUGUCAGGAUGAGGAUGAAAGUGAUGUACCUAUUCCGGGAACACUCCAUGGAUUCGGUUACCAUGACACCGAUGAAAUGCCUGAAGAUGAACUACCUUACCGUGUGCCGUAUCAACAACAAAAACUGCAAUCUCCAGAACAUGGUGAUCGACAUCAAAGUCACGCAAACCAUAAUGGAGUCGCCUCAACAACAGCUGCCGUGUCCCACUCAACAGAGUCCUCAUCAAAUGAGGAUCAGUCCGGCAUAGAUGACACGCACAAGACUCCUACUAAUCAGAGUAGAACUGAAGCAAACUAUAGACAAGUAACAGCCCAGCAGCAGGGGCAGCAACAGCAUCUGUGGCAAGGCGUGCAGAAAAAGCAGCAACAACAGCAGCAAGCAAAUCCUACGCUACCAGAUCAACAACCGAAACACAAGCAGCAGGAGCAGCACCAAAAUUUGCACCAGCACCACCCACGGCAGAAACAGAUACUCAACAGAAUACAGCAGCUGCAAAGCAGCAAUCACAACCAUCUAGAACGGCUGCCACAUUCACAGCAGCAGCAGCAGCAACGGCAGCAGUUUCCAACACAACCGCUGUCCCAGAAUGGCCAACAGACACGUCUAGUUAACGGCUAUGCAAAUGGCUCCAUCCCCUCCAGUGGUGCCAGCAGUUUGUCCAAUGACAGCCAGUCACCUACUGAGGGAAGAAGGAAGAGUGUGACCUUCGCCCAAGAGGGGGAUUCUUGCAAACAAGAAAAGACAAAUUUAUCUCCCACCAGCCAGCUAAAGCGCAAGGAAAUCCUGGUCUCAAACGACGGCACCUUUGAUGUCAAAGCCCUACUCCGGAAAUCAACCCAGAGGGCCAUUCUUUUAUCAUGAACCAGCUCAUUAGCAGCAUUUUAAAGGGGAAAAAAAACCAGAAUACGUGGGAGAAUUGAUACUAGUCAUGAGCAUUAUGCUUGGAAAAAUUAUACUGAAACAUAGUUUGAAAGUCAGAUGAACCUGAAGUACUUGGCCAAUUACAGUUAGGCUCGAUCAUGAAUAAUCAUGAACCCGAAGUAUUUGGCCAAUGACCAUGAAGCUAGAUCAUAAAUAAUCAUGAACCUGAAGUACUUGGCCAAUUACAGUUAGGCUCGAUCAUGAAUAAUCAUGAACCUGAAGUAUUUGGCCAAUGACCAUGAAGCUAGAUCAUAAAUAAUCACGAACCUGAAGUACUUGGCCAAUUACAGUUAGGCUCGAUCAUAAAUAAUCAUGAACCUGAAGUAUUUGGCCAAUUACAGUUAGGCUCAAUCAUGAAUAAUCAUGAACCCGAAGUAUUUGGCCAAUGACCAUGAAGCUAGAUCAUAAAUAAUCACAAACCUGAAGUACUUGGCCAAUUACAGUUAGGCUCGAUCAUAAAUAAUCAUGAACCUGAAGUAUUUGGCCAAUGACCGGAGGCUAGCUCACGAAUAAUUAUGACCUCAGGUUCACAUCACAGACAUAAGGGUUUUAUUGUGUGUAAAGUGUCCUUUGUAAAUUUGAUGCACAAGAGAAAGCAAACACAAAGUAUGUCAAUAAAGACACAUGUGUACAAAUAUGUAUUUUAUAAUCAAUUGAUCUAUUCAAUUCAAUGGCAUAUGUGCCCUUGUUAGUGCUUUACCUGUAGAGACGUGCAAAUAAGACAAUUUUUUACCCUACUUUUUUUAAUGACAAAACAUAAGAUGAGUCUAUGUAUUGAAUGUAACUACUGUCUGAUAUAAUGUUGCCUUUGAAAUACAUCUAUGUAAAUAUUGCUGAAAUAGACUGGUUAUACAUUUUCCAAUUUUGAAAGAUAGACAAUAUUUAUCUCUAUGUUUCAGAUUUAUUAUACAUGUAUUGGUUUAUUUUUAUGUGUUCUAUGGCUGAAAUAUAGAAAUAUACUAUAUAUCUGUAUAACACUUGUAAACUGUGUCCUUCUCUACAAAUAAGAGUUCAUAUCAUAAUUACAAGUUUGAAAUAUGAAACAUGUGCAUUUUGAAAUAUGUUUUGGUCUCUGUUAUGCUUUUGGGUGUUUUUUUUCAAAGUUCGAAACUGCAGUGCAUAAAAUGAGCUCGGAAAAUCACAUAACAAUGCACUGGUUAAGCAAAGUUAUUUUUAUUCACAAAUUUUUUUUGAUAUUGCACAGAUAUACCACUUAUUAAGUGAUGAAAACAAAAGUAAAAGCGGUGGUCACCGGGAAUUAUUCUGGCUAAAUUUUCAGCCACAAUGGGCCUUCAUCGGAGCUGGACGGUCUGUUUGAAUGCAGAAAAAUCCACAUUCAAACCGCCUGGCGUGAGCGUUCCAAGCUUGUAGAUGAUGCGUUGUUCCAUAUCCAAUUCAGCGCUGGGCGUUCGAUGUUGUCACGGUCAGGACACACACAUGUCGUCACACGUCACGCUUCAUUUUGUACCAUAUAUCACUUAUUACUUGUGUACAAUAAAGCAGAGUUAAUUUUCAAGUCUUAAGUUAUGUUUUUCUCCACGUUUCUAACUGUUAAUUGAGACACUAAAAAGUGCAAAUUUAAGACGUUAUUUUCUUCACAGAGCAGGUCCACAGACAUUUUUCUAUUGUGCCUAUAUGUGAAUUAUUUAUUUCCGUGAAUAGUUAUUUCAGUUAUAUUGCAGUGAGUGUUUAUUGUUAAAGACAUUUGUUUGUGGUGAUUUUAUAAAGUUUUGUUUUGAACUAUUUGUGAUUGAAUUUUGAGGUGUCACUACGGAAGGAAUUCUUCCCGAAGUUCGUUUUCCUAAAAAUGUUUGGAAAAUUGUAAAUGAAUUUUUAUAACAAAGGCAUUUUGCCACAGACAACAAGCGAUGUGGCCAAAUGUCAAUGAAGACAUAAGGGGGCUUUCGAACGUUCUCGGUGUCGGCUUUGCCUCCAACUUCUGAAUCGGUUAGAGGCAAGCUCUUACAUCGGCUUCAUAUCAACCGAUUGAAUGUUCCUGAAGCAGAACAGGCACCAAAGUGUAGCUGGACUUCCCGAAGUUGGGGCCUAACAUUUCCUUAAGCCGAAACGAAGAUGAAGCCAGGGUUUCGAAAAAGGCCCAUACUGUGCAGACUUGAAACCUGGAUACUGAUUGGUCAAUCCAUAGCAACGUCAGUGCCUAAUUUUGAAUUUCUUAAAUUUCCAUCACACAUGAUCCUGCUGAAUAAGAUAUCAUUGCCUAGCAUUGUAUGACCUUUUUAAAGCAAUUACUAAUUGAUGUUUCAAAGCAACGUUUUCAGUAUCAUAAAGUAAGGGUUAGGGUGUCGAGUUGGUUUCAUUUUAUGUUUGGUUGUACAUUGUACAUGUACUUUGUUUACAAAAAUGUGAAGUUAGAAUAUGACUAACCCUAGACAACGGAUGUAGGGGGAAAGUGAAUAGUUCUACUACUCAAAUAUCAGGCUUUUAGGCAGACCAAAGUGAACAAGAAGAACAAUAGCAUCAACAUUUUCACACACAAAAUCAGGACAAAAAGUAGGACAUGGAAGGACAAAAUCAGGAUAAAAGUAGGACUUUUGUGGGCUUUUAGGAGUAGUUUUCGUUGAUACUCAUCCAUGUCCACAGCAUCAUAAGCCUCAUUUGGCAUGUUCUGUACUCACAACACAAUUGUGCUCCAUCCUCAACUAAAUCUCUUGGAAGUACAGAUGCAGUACUCUGUGCCCAAGUCCUUUAUUGUGUGAUUUACAUAUGACAGUGUGUAACGCUGUUAUGAAAAAAAAAUAUUCAAUGAGAGUUCAUUUGUCAGAGUUGUAGGACAAAAAAAUUCGAAAUUUGUAGAGAGAAAAAAAAACAGGAAAAGAAGGUCUGGAGCAACGUAAAAAAAAAAGUAAGAAAACUCGAAAGCCUGAAAUAUUAGAAAAUCGGGAACUUGCCUCCCCCCAUCCCUGUUAAAAAAAAAAUUAGUCUGGAAACAUAAAAGGUCAAACAAAAUAUUUCAAACCAAAUAUUUACAUGUGUACCAGGACCUCCAGCCUGAAUAUGGUCAAUCAAGCUAUUUCAGUGUAGAAUGAUUGUAUUCAGUUCAGAUUCCGACAAUCAAGUCAAAUAUAUGCAAGUUAAAACUUCGAAAACUUUUAUCUGUCUGAGGCAAAAAUUUAAGUGGAAAUUAUUUUUUUUUCAUAAUGACAUUAAUAGGUUAUUUAAUUGUUUAGUUAUUCAUCGAAAUAUGCAAACAUUUUAACCAUGUUUCUCCCCUUAAGAGAACACCAAGUGCAGAUUAAAAACAAAGUAAUAUGAAGGAAUUUAAAUUAUACUUUAUACAUAAUGUAUGCAGUAGACAGUUAUUUACACUUUUAUCACUUCUAAGUGCAAUUCUACAUUCAAAGCAAUUUCAAACUACAUGUUGUAUAGAAAUAUAUUACAAAUUGUGCAUGUGUGUAUAGAAAGUCUUUCAUCUUUUAAAGCGUCUCAAGACAUAUUUCGGUUUUAUUUGAUGUGACAUGUCUCUUUGAAAAAUGAAAGUUCUAUGAUUGCGUUUUCCAAAUAAAAUGAUUGCCUUUGGCUUCAAAAA